CAAUUAACCUUAUCCUCUCUCUCUCUCUCCAAAGCCAAUCCUAAAAGAGGUCCCAACACUUUUCUUCUUCGUUAACAAACAGCAACAAUGGCGGAAGCCUUCACGAGUUUCACUCUCUCUAACAUUCGUGUCCCUUCCCCUUCUAUGCCCCCUAAGCGGCAUUCAAAUCGGUUGGACCUUGGAUGGUUAUGUGUUAGUAUUCUAUCUAAUAACUCAAUUAUAAUCUUGUGUACCGAGGCGAAGGCAACGAGGGGCCGAAGAGGGUCGUUGUGCAAAGCGGUGCCGUUCGAGGACGUGCCACUGAUGGCUGUUAUGGUUCAACAGAUCGAAGGGAUGAGAGAUAUUGUUACUGAAAAACAUGUUUGGCAUCUAAGUGAUCAAGCCAUCAAGAACGUGUAUAUGUUCUACAUCAUGUUCACUUGUUGGGGCUGCUUGUUCUUCGGAUCCACCAAAGAUCCAUUCUACGACUCGGAGGCAUACCGUGGAGACGGAGGGGACGGGACCGGCUUCUGGGUCUACGAGACUCAAGAGGACAUAGAGGAGAAGGCGAGAGCCGAGUUAUGGCGCGAGGAGCUGAUUGAAGAGAUCGAACAAAAUGUCGGAGGACUCAGAGAGCUCGAAGAAGCCGGCAAGAAGUAGCUCCACAAAAAUCCUUGCUCUGCGCAUAGCAAUGGAAUUUUAGUCUUCAUUAGCCAUACAGCAAUAUAUAUAUAAUCCUGAAAUGUUAAACCGAAAUUACACUAUGUAUCGAACUCUCUAGCCUCUAUAGCCUCAUAUAUAUGCCUUCUUAACAAUACAUUAUGGGACACUUAUAAUUAUAAGGGAACAAUAUAUUAUGUAUAUAUUUUUAUAUACCAUAUACAGAACUUGCCUUAUACCUUAGGGCAGACUAGCUCA